UGUAGGGAUUUAUUAAAACAUGAAUAACCACCACGCUGCGCUUUGGUCCGCUUCUCUUCCUCCUACAGGCGAACGCCCUUACAGAAUCACCCACCACCAACGGACCAAGCAGCGUGUUAACAGACAGGAGCCACAGGAGAGGCAACAGAGGCAGCAGCAGCAGGAGCAGCAGCAGCUGCAGUGGGAGAGGCUGCACCACCUGGAGAAAUGGACAUGGGAGGAAGAACUGGACGGUGGCGGUAAUGCACCAUUUAUUAGAUGCCCACCGCCGUUAAACCUCAUUGAAGAAGAAGACAAGACGACUGACGACAUGGAAACGUUUGAAGAGGACAGCUUGAACAUCAUUUUUGGUAAAAAACAAAUCGUUGCUGUCAGAGUUGUGAUGAGCGUCCCUGAUAACGUAAGUGCUGUGCGGACUGCUGUCGUCGUGACGCACGGGACUGGAGGGGACGUCAACCUAAAGCGUUUGGUUUCUCUGGCUCGUGUGCUUGCGUCGAAUGGUCUGCUAUGUCUUCGCUUCACGUGUAAAGGUUUAAACCUGGUUUACAGAGUGAAAGCUUACAAUGCUGUUUUGGAACACUUGAAAUAUCUUAAGAAAUUCACAAUCAGACAAAUAUUCUUUGUUGGACGUUCUCUAGGGGCUCGAGCUGCCUCUGCCCUGGCCAGGCAGCUCAGUGUUCGACCAGAGGAUGCAGUAGCAGGCCUCGUCUGUCUGUCCUUCCCCCUACACCCUCCAGGACAGACCCACGGCCAUCGCCAGCGGAGUGAGGACCUCCGGGGGUUGCCUACGGAGGUGCCUGUGUUGUUUCUGUCUGGCACUGCAGACAACAUGUGUGAGAAGAUCCUUCUGGAAGAUGUCGUUAAAGAGAUGAGAUGUCCAACGACUGUUCGCUGGGUUGAAGGAGGCAACCAUGGGCUGAUAGUGAAGGGAAGGACAGAGGAGUCUGUCCAGGAUGAACUCAACGCACAUGUCUUAUCAUGGAUUUUGGAACGAAUUGCAUGAAGCUGACUCUUUGAUUCUAAACGAAUUACUCUUGAUUCUAAACGAACUACUCUUUGAUUCUAAAUUAAUUACUCUUGAUUCUAAACGAACUACUCUUUGAUUCUAAAUUAAUUACUCUUGAUUCUAAACGAACUACUCUUUGAUUCUAAAUUAAUUACUCUUGAUUCUAAACGAACUACUCUUUGAUUCUAAAUGAAUUACUCUUUGAUUCUAAACGAAUUACUCUUUGAUUCUAAAUGAAUUACUCUUGAUUCUAAAUGAAUUACUCUUGAUUCUAAAUGAAUUACUCUUUGAUUCUAAACGAAUUACUCUUGAUUCUAAACGAAUUACUCUUGAUUCUAAACGAAUUACUCUUGAUUCUAAACAAACUACUCUUGAUUCUAAACGAAUUACUCUUGAUUCUAAACAAACUACUCUUGAUUCUAAAUGAAUUACUCUUGAUUCUAAAUGAAUUACUCUUGAUUCUAAAUGAAUUACUCUUGAUUCUAAAUGAAUUACUCUUUGAUUCUAAAUUAAUUACUCUUUGAUUCUAAAUGAAUUACUCUUGAUUCUAAACAAAUUACCUCUUGAUUCUAAAUGAAUUACUCUUGAUUCUAAAUGAAUUACUCUUGAUUCUAAAUGAAUUACUCUUGAUUCUAAAUGAAUUACUCUUGAUUCAAAAUGAAUUACUCUUGAUUCUAAAUGAAUUACUCUUGAUUCUAAAUGAAUUACUCUUGAUUCUAAACAAAUUACCUCUUGAUUCUAAAAUAAUUACUCUUGAUUCUAAACAAAUUACCUCUUGAUUCUAAAAUAAUUACUCUUGAUUCUAAACGAACUAUUCUUGAUUCUAAAAUAAUUACUCUUGAUUCUAAACAAAUUACUCUUGAUUCUAAAAUAAUUACUCUUGAUUCUAAACAAACUACUCUUGAUUCUAAAUGAAUUACUCUUGAUUCUAAAUGAAUUACUCUUGAUUCUAAACAAAUUACUCUUGAUUCUAAAAUAAUUACUCUUGAUUCUAAACAAACUAUUCUUGAUUCUAAAAUAAUUACUCUUGAUUCUAAACAAACUACUAUUGAUUCUAAACAAACUACUCUUGAUUCUAAAUAAACUACUCUUGAUUCUAACCGAAUUACUCUUGAUUCUAAACGAACUACUCUUUGAUUCUAAACAAACUACUCUUGAUCCUAAACGAAUUUCUCUUGAUUCUAAAGUUGUUGUUGCUCCACACAUUCCAUAGUGUGUUAUUAGUGUAAUAUUAUGAAUAUGUUGUGUUUAUAAUGUAGAAGAAAUAUAUACUUUUAUAUAUAUAUUUUUAUUUAUUUUUUGGGCUAAAGGUAUUGACAGAUUUGCAGUGAAGAAUACACUCUGUGGGGUGCUUCUCUGAAACUGAGCGUUGCCUUCUAGUGGAGUGUGUUCAGGGAAGCCAAACUUCAAAUCGAGUUGUAUUUGUCACAUUGCGCCGAAUACAACUGUGAAAGUGUCAAAUCCCAAUUGAGAGCAUACGUCAUUUCCAGAAAAAAUGUUAAAUUGUUGCAUCUCGUUGUGUUGUUGUCCUCUGGUGGCUAGCUAGCCAGCUAGCUAAAAUUGUCCCUUUCCUAAAUUAGCCAUGGAUGGAGAUAAGGAUUUAGACUUGUGGUUUUACUUAGUUUU